AUGAAAUUCGCCGCUGUCUUGGCUGUUCUGGCCUUCGCCAGUCCCCUGAAUGCCUAUGUAGUCCCACGCACCGGAAACGGUGCUCUCGCCGCUGAGCUCCAAGACUUCGCCAACAUUAUUCCUCUUGAUGAUAUAGUCGCACUCUUUCACGAAUACGUCAACCAAGACUCAGAAAUGCAAGCGUGGUUUAACUAUAUUCAAUCAAACGAAGUCAAGAACCUCGUAUCUGAUCUUGAAAACAUCCCUGAAUUCCGGGACCUCCUCAACUACCAGCAAAAUGCCGGUCUCGAUGCGUACUACCUGGCGAACAAAAUCAAUGAUUUCCUGCAUCUGGCAAGACUCGUUCCACCAAACCGCGCCAAGAGGGCCGUCACCGGUGGAAUCCGCGGUUUCCUCGAUCAAGUUGAAGCAAUGCUGCCUAUGGAACAGAUCCGAGCUUUGUUUAGGCAAAAGCUGGCCAACUCCAAGGUGUUCGCCGACUUCAUGCAUUUCUUGGGAUCCCCAACCUCUCAAAGACUCGUCGACGCUAUGUGCGCCAAACCUGCUUUCAAUAACCACUUAGCGAAGCUUCAGAGCUACGGUGUCCACCUCAACAAGGGCAGAGAUUUCAUGGAAAACCAAUUGGGUCUCCAUAAAAUUCAUGAAGUACUACAGUCUUCCCACAAAGCUACGAUGAAGAUCCCAGUGGUACUGUUCACGGCGAUAUUUGCGUUCGCAACUGUGAACUCUCAUUAUCUCCCAGAUUUCGGUAAGGGACAGCUCCAUGAAGAUAUACAAUACUUCCUGGACUUGAUCCCGAUGAACAAGGUUGCUUCUGUCGUCCUAGAAUAUGCCGCUGAAGAUUCUGAGUUCCAAGAGUUACUUCAAUACUUCGACUCAUCCGAGUUCAAGACAAUGAUCUCGGAGAUCGAGACUCUUUACGAGUUCCAUAAGUUUGCAGAUUAUUUAGAAAGAAACGGUGUCUAUAUUUACGCCGAGCUGAAUAAAUUAAACAAAAUAAUUGGCAUUCCACCGUUCCAGCAGUUUAGCAAAAAACAAAUCACUGGUGGAGUGAAAGGUUUGUUCGAAGACGUGAAGCAACUCAUCUCUUAUGACUUGUUCAUCCGUGGUUACGUGUACAAGAUGAGAACAUCCGACGCUUGGCGCGAUUUCGUAGCCCAACUGAAGUCACAAGAUAACCAAAAAUUUGUGGACGCUCUCUACGAAAACAGAAAUUACCUCAGCUUCCGUGCAAUGCUGGUGCACAAAGGAAUUGACAUAAUUUUAAUCGAAGACAUCAUCUACACCGUUCUUGGUAUUGAAUUCCCAAUCUUCGAAAUGCCUAAAUUGGAAACCUUUGCCUCUGACGAACUGUCCAGGGAUAUUCAUGACUUCCUGAACCUGGUGGACGAGAACAAAAUAAUGAACAUCGUUAUGUCCUACCUGGAAGACGACGAAGUGCAGAGGGCAAUCGAAUACAUGUACAGCGAAGCAUUCCACGAUUUGGUCCGCAAGGUUGAAGCUAUGCCAGAAUAUCAGAAUUUGGUGAGGUACAUGGAAGACUCUGGCUUGGACAUGACCAAAGUGAUCAGCAAAAUCCACAAAUUAUUCGGUAUGGAAGACUACGUACCACCCAAACCUUUGGACAAAUUCACGGCCAUGUACAAUGAAAAGAUGCACACCUCCCCUGCUUUCCAGAACUUCAUGCAAAGACUGCACUCCGACGAAUUCCAGAGAAUCGUCAACACAGUUUACCAAUCACCAAUAUUCCUGGAAAUGAGGCAGAAGGUCAUCAACGACGGAGUGGACCUUGUCCCUAUCAGGGAUUUCAUUGAAAAGGUGCUUGGUAUUCAUCUUCCCAGAGUCGACUUCUUGAUUUUUCAACUCUUAAAAGGAACCUAUCACUGAAUAAUGCUUGACCUUCUGAAGCUCGACUUUUUCGUGGCUAAUUUAGAAUUUUACAAAUUGUAGUCAUUUAAUUUGCAUUAAAUCUCGAAAACUUA